AUGUCUGGGGAGGACGAGAGCCUGGCCUGGUCACAGGCUUGGGAGAGUGGCUGUGGGUGCUGGUAUAGCUGCAUCAGAGGGAAGUUUGCUGCUGAUCCGAAUUCUUCUGAGAGCCACAAUUGUGCCAAAAGCAUCUUGACCUCAGAUAGGCUGCAAAUAGUUGUGACCCUUUCGGAGUUCUUUAACGAAACCUGGGAGGCAGCCAACUGUGCAAAUUGUUUAAAGAACAGCAGUGAGGGAUUAUCGAAUUCUACUGUAGAAUUCCUGGAUUUAUUCAAUAAAUCUCUGACAUGUUUUGAACAUAACCUUCAGGGACAAACCAUCUAUCUGUCACCAAAUAACUACACAGAAGUAUGUAAAAACUGCAACGAAACCUACAAGAUGUUGAAUGACCUGUAUAACAACUUGCAAAGGAUGAACAGGCAAGGUGGUGAGUCUGGGCACUCCACACACUUGUGUAUCGACGUGGAAGAUGCAAUGAACAUCACUCGGAAGCUUUGGAGCAGGACUUUCAACUGUUCUGUUCCCUGCAGUGAUACAGUCCCAGUGAUUGCAGUUUCAUCCUUUAUUCUCUUCCUACCUAUUGUUUUUUAUCUUAGUAGCUUCCUUCACUCAAAGCAGAAGAAACGGAUACUCAUUUUGCCCAAGCGCAUCCAGUCAAAUGCCAGUCUUGUGAACAUCCAAGAAAAAUACAGCUGAGCUGCAAAACAAAACCUGAGAACUGCUGCUGGUAUACAGUGGGUACAAUUGUGUUGGAAUGAGGCCGGCACAAAAGAGGAGUUAAUUAUGGUUUAGUGUAAUGAUACAGAGCAACACAAGUUAAACAAAAUGCUGUCUGACUUCUAAGCAAGGAUAUUAACAAACACGACAAGGCAGGGCUAUGUGACACUGUAUGGACUCUGGUUUUGAAAAAUCCGUGUUUUUUUUCAGUCUC